AUGUACGCCCUCAGCACGGAGAAGGCGCCCACGAUCCGCCCCCUGGGUGUCCGAGGCAAGUCGCGCGCGCCGGCCAACUACCAGUGCCAGAAGUGCCUCAACUACGGGCACUACACCUACGAGUGUUCGGGCUCGGCUGUGUACAUGAAGCGUCCGUCCCGCAGCGAGGUCAUUCGCGACCCCUCGCUCCACCCUUCCUACACGCUCGACGUCCCGCCUCCCGAGCUGCCCGACGCCACGAAGCAGAUCCAAGCGGAGGUGGCCAAGUGGAAGGAGGCCAGAGACAAGAAGAAGAGAAAGGAGGAGAGGAAGCACAGGAAGAAGAGGAAGCGCGAUGACAGUUCCUCGUCCGACUCCUCGUCCGAUUCAUCGUCAGACUCCGACAGCAGCAGCGACAGCGACAGCUCGUCCGACUCGUCUGAUUCUUCAUCGGACUCAGACUCUUCCUCAGAUUCGUCGUCCUCGCCCUCGGACUCAAGCGAUAGCGAGAGCGAGAGCAGCGGAGAUGACCGGCGCGCGAAGAAAGCCAAGAGCAGGGAUCAUAAGAAGGACGUCGACAAGGAUGACGGCGCCAAGGGCGACAGGCAAUCCUCGCGAGGCCGCUCCCACCGCGACGACGACGAGCGCUCGCCCUCCCCCAAGCGCGCCCGCGAGGCCGAAAACGGGGAAGCCAAGAGAAGCCACCGCGCCAGCCGCGACCGGCGCUCGCGUUCCCGCACCCCUCCGCGUCGCGACGAGGGCUCCCCCGCGAGAGCUGAUUCGAGGGAGCGGGAGCGCGGGCGGGACAGGGACGAGCACCACGACCGCGACCGCGGUGGAAGGGACCGAGGCAGGGAAGACACGAGGGACCGGGACAGGUCCGCCCACAGAGGCAGAGACGACCGGGACAGCGAGAGAGGCAGAGAAAGGAGGCGGAGCAGAGAGAGGGAAGACAGAGGCAGAGAGAGGGACAGAGAGUGGGGGAGGGACGACGACCGUCGCCACAGGCGCUGA